CAGUCGACUGGCACCGAUAGCACUUAGAGAGCCGACGAGCCGAAGCCAGCGAGCAGCGAGACUGCCGGUUUGGCUGGAAAAGGCGCGCAACCGGCGUCGGCGCGCCGACACGUCAUUGCUUAUAGCACUGCUUCAGGCGCUGGGACGCUUGCGCCGAUGCGCCACUGCCUCGCGGUGGCGGUCGGCCAUGCGUGGUGGCCUGGCGACGGUGCCACGUAUGCACAUGCAAACAUAGAGGUUGUUUAUUAAAAAUGGGAGGUUUGUAGCCUCUGCGGUCAGAACGAAGACUUGCUUGCGACGCGUAUCAAGCAUGCGAGCGCUCUUCCUCGCGCUAGUCGCCGCCAUCCUCUGCGUCGCCGCCGGACGAUCGGCGCGCAAUGACUACGCUUCGGGCGUCGAGAAGCUGCGUGGCCUCAAGGGCCGCGUCCGCGAUGGCGUCGUGACCUUCGACACGGAGCUCUACACCGAGGUGGCGGUCGCGCCCGAGCGCCCGUACCAUCUCUUCCUGCUCUUCACGGCGCUUGGCGAAAAGUACGCGUGCGAAGUCUGCCAGCAAGUGCAUCCCGAAUUCACUGUCCUCGCCGAGUCGGUGCUCGCGACGGGCGAGAAGGGCCGUGAUGGCUUUGACAUCUUCUUUGGCGUCGUCGACUUUGACACGAACCAAGGCGCGUACGGCAUCCAUGGCUUUACGUCGGCGCCGCAGCUCGUGUACGUCGGGCCCGACCGCACGGAAGACACGGGCAAGAAGCUGCCGACCAAGAUUGAGCUGCCCGCGAACCAGAUCUUUAGCGUCUACACGCAGGGCAAGUCGGCCGAGUCCAUGAUGAGCUACGUCAAGGAAAAGACGGGCGUCGACGCGCCCGUGCUCCGCUCCAAGGCGUUUGCAUACGCUGUGCUCUUUGGCGUUCUCUUUGUGCUUGGCGUGAUUGCGCACUCGGUGUGGUCCAACUUGGACAUGGUCCUCAACCGCCUUCGCCGCAAGCGCGUCUGGCUCGCCAUCUCGUUCCUCUUUUACGGCCUCUCGGUCUCGGGCAUGGUCUACUGCAUCAUCCGCGAGCCGCCGGCGUUCUCGCAGGAGCGCAACGGCAAGAUUACGUUCUUCCAUCCGCAGGGCCGUCAGCAGUUUGUCGUCGAAGGCCUCAUCGUCGGCGGCUACGAUAUUGUGGCGGCGCUCAGCGUCAUCCUCAUGUCGCAGUCGGCGGUCGCGAUCAAGAACACGACGCUGCGCUAUCUCGCGCUCGGGCUCUGCCUCGCCAUGUUCCUCAUCGCCUACCGCCAAAUGGUCUCGGCGUACGCCUUCAAGAACCCGUGGUACGAGUCGUGGUACUAGGCGUCCUGCCCGACGAGACGUCGAGAGCCCGUUGUAUGGCGUGCGUCAAUCGAUAGCUUUUGCGACAUAUUGUCCUUGGCUGCCUGUCUUCCUCUUGACGUGUCUUGCCUUCGGUAGACAACCGGUUGUCGACGGUGCCGGGUGCAAACUUGAUCGGUGAAGCCGACGCCGACGUCGGCCGGAUCGUCCGCCCAUCACUUACCCUCCUGCAGAAGGUCGUUGGGCGGUAGUGAGGACCAUAGUCACCAAGGGAACCGUGUGU